UACUCCCUGUACACAUAUUUCACUCCAUCAUCUAGGAAAUACUUUAUUUUUGAGAACACCCAAUGAAUGAUCUACACACAGCCAAACCAUCAGUAUACUGACACAGGCACAUUUGUUGAUAUUUACUGGUUAAAGCUACAGUUACGGUUAGUAGAUGGCUAGAUGAGCAUCUGCAGUGUUUGCUAUUGUGAUAAGGGUAUUAAAGGGUUUAAAUUAGGACAGAACGUAUUAAGGGUGUGUUAAAGGUGGAAUAUUAGGUCAGAACAUAUUAGGGGUGUGUUAAAGGUGUAAUAUUAGGUCAGAACAUGUUAGGGGUGUAAUAAAGGUGUUAUUUGAGGUGAGUAUGUUAGGGGUGUAUUAAAGGUGUCAUUUGAGGUGGGUAUGUUAGGGGUGUAUUAAAGGUGUCAUUUGAGGUGAGUAUGUUAGGGGUGUAUUAAAGGUGUCAUUUGAGGUGGGUAUGUUAGGGGUGUAUUAAAGGUGUCAUUUGAGGUGGGUAUGUUAGGGGUGUAUUAAAGGUGUCAUUUGAGGUGGGUAUGUUAGGGGUGUAUUAAAGGUGUGCUUCUCUCCAUGUAGAUCCCUCUACCCUCGAUUGUGAAGAUUAUAAAGUGGAAGAUAUGUAUCAACCUCCUGGGAAGGAGGUCCUAGACGUCCCUCCACCAAUGGCCAUCCUGCCCCCGCCUCCCAUUCCACCUCCGGCCGCGCCCUCUAUCGAUGACCUCAUCCAGCAGAGCCAGUGGAACCUCCAGCAGCAGGAACAGCACUUGCUGACCCUUAGACAGGAGCAGGUGACGGCGGCCAUUGCCCUGGCCGUGGAGCAGCAGACCCAGAAGCUGCUGGUGGAGACGCAGCAGGACGUGACCGAGUUCGACAACCUGCUGCAGCCCAUCAUCGACACCUGCACCAAGGACGCCAUCUCGGCCGGCAAGAACUGGAUGUUCACCAACGCCAAGUCCCCCCCGCACUGCGAGCUCAUGUGCUCCCACCUCCGCAACCGCAUCACCGCCGACUCCGCCCACUUCGAGCUGCGCCUGCACCUGAUCUACCUGACCAACGACGUCCUCCACCACUGCCAGAGGAAGCACCAGAGAGACCUGCUGGCGGCGCUGCAGAAGGUGGUGGUGCCCAUCUACUGCACCAGCUUCCUGGCCGUGGAGGAAGACAAGCAGCAGAAGAUCACCAGGCUCCUGCAGCUUUGGGAGAAGAACGGCUACUUUGACGAGGUCACCAUCCAGCAGCUGAAGAGCCCCGCCCUGGGGCUGGGCCAGUACCAGGCCUCCCUGAUCACGGAGUACGCGGCGGUGGUCCAGCCCGUGCAGAUGGCCUUCCAGCAGCAGAUCCAGACCCUGAAGACCCAGCACGAGGAGUUUGUCUCCAACCUGAAGCAGCAGAGCGGCGGCGGCCCUCAGCUGGCCCCGCAGGAUUCGGACGCCAAGACCCCCGCCCCCAUGGCCCCGCAGCCUGGUGAAGGGAAGCCGCCCAUGUCGGGCCCCCCUCCGGGUGACUACGACGGGGCCCCCUCCAGACCCUCGGACCCCAACCCCAGCGGGCCCCCCGACCACCCCUCCUCCAAAUCGGGGUGGUUUGACAACCAGCACAUGUCUGGCUGGAACCUGAACCAGCCGCCCCCCUUCGACCCCUCGCAGGCCCCCCCCCCCUGCCCCCCCUGGAACAGCCACGAGGGCAUGUGGAACGAGCAGAGGGACCCCAGCUGGAGCGGCGGCCCGCCCAGGGAGGGGGGCCCGUGGAGCGGACCGGGCCAGUCCGACGCGCCGCCGGCCUGGAACAACCAGUACGACCAGCCGCCCUGGAACAACCAGGGGUCCGACCAGCCGCCCUGGGGCCAGCGGGAGCCGCCGUUCCCCCCUCGCAUGCAGAGGCCCCCCCACUUCCGGGGGCCCUUCCCCCCGCCGCACCAGCAGCCCCCGCCGUUCAACCAGCCGCCCCCGCCACCGCACAACUUCGGACGCUUCCCCCCCAGGUUCAUGCAGGACGACUUCCCCCCCCGGCACCACUUUGAGCGGCCGCCCUACCCCCCCCACCGCUUUGACUACCCCCAGGGCGAGUUCCAAGGAGGUGAGGCGAUUUUUGAGCCGCAGCGCGGGCGUCGAUCAUGUAACCCGUCAGCCGUGUCUUAUCUCUCCAACCCCCCUCUCCUCCACGCUGCCGAUGCAGACAUGGGCCCGCCCCCCCACCACCACCCCAGCCAGAGGCUGCCCCCUCCGGGCAUGGGGGGCGGCGGCGGUGGCGGCGGCGGAGGAGGAGGCGGGGGGGGCGGCGGGGGCACGGAGCACCCCCCGUGGGGGGGGAACCAGCACCAGGACUUCGGCCCGCCGCCGCACGGCUUCAACGGCCAGUCGCCCCACAUGAGGCGCCAGCCGCCGGCCCACGUGGCCCAGGACGACCCCAGCCUGGUGCCCAACGUGCCCUACUUCGACCUGCCCGCCGGCCUCAUGGCUCCCCUCGUCAAGUUGGAGGACCACGACUACAAAGCUCUGGACCCCAAGGACAUCCGCCUGCCCCCCCCCAUGCCCCCCAGCGACCGCCUGCUGGCGGCGGUGGAGGCCUUCUACAGCCCCCCCUCCCACGACAGGCCCCGGAACAGCGAGGGCUGGGAGCAGAACGGCCUGUACGAGUUCUUCAGAGCCAAGAUGAGAGCCAGGAGGAAAAAGGGACAGGAGAAACGCAACAGUACUCGUGGAGGCAGCAGGUCCAGGAGUCGCUCUCGGAGUCGGGGCAGGUCUUCCUCUCGCUCGUCCUCCAGGUCCUCCAAGUCCUCCCGCUCCUCCUCCAGGUCCCGCUCCUACUCCCGCUCCAGGAGCAGGUCCAGGUCUCGCUCGCGCUCCCGUUCCCGCUCGCGCUCCCCCGACAAGAGACGCCACGCCUCGUCCUCCUCCGCCGCUGUGGCCUCCACCGCCGCCGCUGCCGCCUCCUCCACUGCCUCCACCAAGACCCAGAGUGCUGCCUCCCCACCCAGCACCUCAGGCCUGGGCUCGGCCCCCCCCUCCAACCUGCCUCCUGAACUCCGCCUCGGGGAGGAAAACAGGGGACACCAGCUGCUGAUGAAGAUGGGUUGGAGCGGCUCGGGGGGUCUGGGGGCGAAGGAGCAGGGCAUCCAGGACCCCAUCAAGGGGGGCGACAUCCGCGACAAGUGGGACCAGUACAAGGGGGUGGGCGUGUCCCUGGACGACCCGUACGAGAACUACCGCAGGAACAAGAGCUACAACUUUGUGGCGCGUAUGAAGGCCCGGGAGGAAGGUAUGGCGGAGGGGCCGAUCAAUCGGGAAGCGCCGGAAGCCCCGCCCGCAGAGUGAUGAGGAGCGAGAAGGGAUCACCUCCCCCCCCCCCCUCUUCGCACAGUCGGAUUUGUAAACACAACAACUGUCCCGUUAGCAGCUCCCCUACAAUCCAGGAAGUCGUUCUCUUUAAGCCUACGGGGGGGGGGGAUUUUGAAUGUCGCCGUUUGUGUGUUUUUAGUGUCAUUUGGUUUUCUGGUCAUGGGACAGUAUGUGAAAGAGCUGGAUGUAUUGACCGAGUUGUGCUCUCCUUUGUAUAAUAAUAAAACGGAAAACUCACAAUUGUCACAUGUCAUUAUGGCAUAACUGAAGUUUCCUUUCACCUAACACAUUGUAGAGAAAUAAAUCACUUUUUCUUUUUA